GGGGUUCACCUCUUUUUGUUUUUUCCCUUCCCAUUUUGUUUUUGUUUUCCUUCACUUACAAUUUAUUAAUAAUAUAUUAGUGAUCAUGUCCAUUCUCAAGUCUCAACUCAGUAAAGGUUUGAAGGAACUACGUGUUCAAUUCUGUCAAACUUCUCCUUCAAGCAAUGGUCUUCGGGAAUACAUCGCCAAAAACUAUACCUCCAUCAAGCAAGUCAAUCCUGAAUUACCUAUUCUUAUUCGAGAAGCUAGUGGAGCUGAAGCCCGUGUCUUUGCUCGUUUUGAUAAAGGUGUUGAACACAAAGUUGUGUUGCAAAAUGCUUCAUCCCAAGAAAUUGAAAAGGCUUUGGAACAACUUGUAAAAUCUGCUUAGACGAUACACACACACACAUAUAUAUAUAUAUAUAUAUAUA